AAAGAUCUAGGCAAAUAAUUCCAAAAUAUAUGUCUACUUUGUACCAUUUCUUCUAAAAGAUGAUACCUUCCUUCAAAACAUCAUUAUUCAGUGUUUCCGUAAGCUGAUCAAGAAAUGUGUUAAUUUCAUUUUGAAAUGUCAAAAAUGACAUUGUUUAGACAGGGAUUGGUCUGUUCACUCAUGGAUGAGCAACCACUGCAUUUCAGUUUCAUGUGUGUGCUCACAUAAAAGAAAUUAAAGAUGUGCCCUCCAUGCGCGGAGCAAUUCAGGAAUAUCUUUUUGUAUAUACAUGUAAACAACAGGCACAACAGCAAUAACAGAAAGCUAAUAGAAAAAGCUCAUGAGAAACUCAUUUGGAGUGGAUAUUCAAGAAUUCCUCCCACCACAUUUUCUCAAUUUCACUUAGUUCUAGGAAGGGAUGGAGAAAAUCUCAAAAAAUAAAUAUCACAUUCAGUUAAACUUAAUUUACCUAAUGCUCUAAGGAAUAUGCACAACAAAUUCUCAUUCCUCUCAAGAUUUUUUUAUUUAUUACUAACAGAAAUAAAAGUUCUAAGCAGUAAAGUCUCCAACAUGGGCAGCACUCUGACUUCAGUUACCACAGCUGUCACCUACAUGUGUGAAAGUGUUAACAUAGUUAAGACCAAGUAAUGGGAAAAAAAAGGAGAGCUGGAUUCUUUUUUUAUACCCUUUGCCCAGAGUAUAACUUGAGUUUGGACAAUUUGCAUCCUGAGUGAAACAUUCAGUACUGCAGCAACUGAGUUUGAACAAGCUGCUCUUCUCUUAAUAGAGGUGGCUGAGCUUCCUGCACGUUGAAGCCUCUCACUUUCUCUUUUCACUUGCCCUCUCUUGACUGCAGCAGUGUCUAAAAUAGGCUUGAGUCUUCCUUCAACUAUUGGGAAAUCUCCAUUCCACUCCAAUUCUGACAUUGAAUUUACUGAGGUGAAAAAUAAUGUUAUAAUUUCCCAGACCACAAUCACAGCCCACCUGCAAAAAGAGCUGUCCUGGCUCACCACGACACAGAGGCAAGAAUGAGCAAUAGGAUCAUAAUAACCCAACAUUGCUAUGACAAAGAAAGGAGUAAAAACAUCAAGAAGAAAAUGACGACCAGAAGAAGGCACUGUCAGUCCACUCCUUCUUCAGAGUUAAUUUGUUCUCCUGUACAAUUGACCAUUUACAGGAGUUAAAAGUGCAUUAAUCAGCAUUUCUGUGAUAUAGGGACGAUCCGCACAUCCUCCAGCAGAAACUGAAGUCCAUUUGCCAGCUGAGAGAAAGCCAGGUUCACACAUCACACCACUGCCAAAAAGAAACAGCAGAACCAUUCCUUUAAAACCACCUGUAAAAAACACAGCAUUGACCACGUGUGCCAAUGGGCAAGCACUCUGACUUUCCUGCUGCAGAAUUGUCAACAUGUAUGAAAUGAUAAAAUAGUCAGUUGUGUUGUUAUACCAUUAGUAACUCUAGCCUAGUGAUCUCAGUAUUCAUUUCAAACACUAAUGUUACAAUAGAAGGUCAGACUAAAGCUCUUUUUAGACAUCUGUCUUGUCAGUGAACAGUAGCAGGAAACUACCAAACAAACAAAAAAAAAACACCCACACAAACCAAGCAAAAUCCACCCACAGAAACAGGUAGGGAUAUCCCCUGAACACAUUUUCAGCUGUUAACAUCUUAUAAGUCAGGGACUUGGGAGCCAAGUUAUGUCUGUAUCUGCACAUGUCUUAUUCUUAAAUAUAUUUGCCUCUACUAAGCAUUCUCUUGAACUGCAGAAAAAGUAUUCUCAAAUUCCUUCUCUGCCUCAUUUUUUAAAGCCAUGGACACAAUGGGUUCUCAUAAUAGCCACUAGCAAGUAUGCUGAAGCAGGAAUUAUUUAAGCAUUUAUACAGAGCAAAAGUUGCAACAGAAUAGAAUAAAAACACUAAACAAACAUAUUCAGUUUAUAUAAACAGAAUAAAAUAAAUGGGAACAGAGUAGUUACAUAACUAACUUGGAUACUAUUCUCCUGUUUGCUAGUGGGAUAACUAUUCUCAAGUGCACAUUCAAACAGCCCUUAGAGAGCACUUGUGGAGCAGAACAGUUUUUGUUUGCAAUACUGCAAAAGUGUGUAUGGCUCUUUGGUUCUCUCUGCACUUCUGUCACAUUUCCCUGCAGCAGAGGCGUGCUGUAAGCCUUACCUAAGCUCUAUUCAGCACAAAACUUUAAGCUCUUCACCAGACUGAUUAAAGGAGUAGAAGCCCUUAUACACACAAAAAGCACAUUUGCCUAAGCGUGGGCUGGACCAGAGGUUUAGUAAGUGACGAGAGCUUGGAAACCUUUUGAGACUAAACAGUAGAGAAGUGAAAAACAGUUAUUCUCAGCAAGUUGCCUCAGAAGCAUUUAAAGGGGCAUGGGGAGGAAGGGGGGAACCCCUUCAUUUUCUUCACAUUCCUGGCACGGAAGGAUGGCGACCUGGAAACAAAACAAACACCCCCAGAUGCAGAGCUGGAGAACUUUUUCCUCUGCAUUUCGUUUGUUCAGUUUUAUUUUUCUUCUCCCCCCUCCCCCCUGACAAAGCAUCAGGGGCCGGGGAGCGGACAUUACGGGCCACACCAAGAGGCGGGAGGAGCUGCCAGGAGAAAAGUUUGCACAGGCUGUGGGGAUGGAGGGGACGCCGGGGGCGGACCGCCCGUCGGAGAAGCGGCGAAGCUCAGCCCCUCCUCCCGCCCCCAGCCCUCGGGAGCCGUAAGUAGCCGCAGCGCCGGGUGCUGUUGCUGGAGGGCUGCGGCCCGGCGCAGCGCCGGGAGCGGUAUGAGCGAGGUGAAGUUGGCCGUGCUGGGAGGCAGCGGGGCCGGCAAGUCCGCGCUGGCGGUGCGGUUCCUGACCCGGCGCUUCAUCGGGGAGUACGCGUCCAACGCCGAAUGCAUCUACACUAAACACUUUUGUCUGGAUGGGAGGCAGAUACACUUGGAAAUUUAUGACCCUUGUUCACAGCAAGGGAAGCUCUCCCUCACAGACGAGCUCCACUGGGCUGAUGGAUUCAUCAUUGUUUAUGACAUCAGUGACAGAGCAUCAUUUGCAUUUGCAAAAGCACUGCUAUACAGGAUCCAAGAGUCUCACAUAGGAGCUUGUAAAAAAAUGGUUGAAUCAACAGUGUUUUUGGUUGGUAACAAACAGGAUUUAUGCCACAUGAGAGAAGUUGGCUGGGAUGAAGGUCAAAAGCUGGCGAUGGAUAACAAGUGCCAAUUCUGUGAAUUGUCUGCUGCUGAACAUUAUCAGGAAGUUGUGGCAAUGUUCACAAAAGUUCUGAGGAGUAUCACCUCAAAUCUCAAGGCAAAGGAAAAGAGAAGACCAAGUGGAUCAAAAUCAAUGGCCAAGUUAAUCAACAAUGUGUUUGGAAAGAGAAGGAAAUCUGUGUAAAAGAUGGUUAGACUGAAGUAGGAACAAGCUGAAAUAGUGGAGCACAAGCAGCGCUUGGGAUUGAGUCAACUUCCUCUGAAGUUCAGUGUCUGGAGGAGUAAGACGAUAUAAACCAAAGGUGGGAGAUAAUAUGGGCAAGGGGACAGGGCCUAGACCUAGGAGAUCUGAAUUCUAUCUUCAGUUCUACAGCAGAUUUAUUGUGCUAGGGCUAUGUCACUUAAUCUCUAAGCUGCUUCUUUCAACCAUUAUCUCCUAAAUUCUUCACAGAAGGAGAGUUUUGGUACGUAUUUAUUCAACACCAACAUGGUCAUGGGUGGAGCUUUUAGGUGCAGCUGAGAAUAAACUUAUUUAUAAUAAACUCAGUCUUGCUGACCAAACUCUUGAGAGCUUGAGAUAUAGUUCUUUUGUGCAAGAACUACUUCGCUAAAGAAAAGUAAAAUACUCCUACUGAAUGCAAGGAGGAACAGUACAGAAUCUCUAAGAGUUUAAAGGUGUUUGACACCUGCUGAUAUUCAUAAGAAUUUAAUGCUUAGACACCAAAUCUAUCAUCAUAUCUAUCAUCAAAGCUGCCUUGUGGAGACAUCAGAAGUAGGGAAGCAUAUAAACAGAGCAGUAUUGUCUCCAGUUUCAGUAUCUUUUUGGUUUUGAGUGAUAAAAGAAAGUAGAGAGUGCUGAGGAAGUUAGGAACUGAAAAGUGGUAGUUGGUGAGCAUUGGAAGUUUCAGUGAGAUCUUUGUUCUAAAUUGUUUAAGGCUAGGAUCAGUGUAACAUCUUAGGCUGAUGACUUUUCCAGAACAGUUUUUCUGAGUUGUAAUACAGUUUCUUUGAAAGGCAGAUUUGUCUGUUCAAGUAUUUGAUAUCUGCCUGGUGGUAGGAGCCAUGCUCCUAAAUUGUGCAGUGUUUUUUCUAAGGACCAGUGUUUUUACAACUGAGUCGUUGUAAUGGUACUGAAAUUCUGCUUGAGAGAGUACUAAGGAAUACGUUAGCUAUGCUUUGAAAUGUGGAUAUUAAACAUCAGAUGGGUCUAAAUAAGCUGUCAGCUAACAUCCAGAGCUCUUGUGUAGACUUACCUAAAAAGGGCUUACCCCCUUGCAUGUUUGAAAAUGCUUUGCUCAUACAGAAAUUUUAAAGGGAAGUGGUUUGAAAGUGUACUAUUGCCUCCUGCCCAUUCCAGAGGACAGCUGGAAUUCAGUCUUAGUGAGAUGCUACCCUGAAGCUUGCCUCUGUUUGGGAGUGUUAUCUGCAUUUUAAACUAUUAACAUUACUUUAUAGGUCAGGACAAAAUACUGAUUUAAAACGUCCACCUCCAUAAGAUGGCAUAUAAAAAGCUAUACAAUCUUAACAUUAAUGUAAAUAAAACUGAAACAUAUUUUAGUAAUUAUUGAACAGAGAGCCCUUGCUUUUUUAAGGGAAAAAAAUGUAUUUCCUAUUUACUUAUUUUAUUUUAAAAGUACAAAUAUUGGAAUAUAGUUCUCAGUCACAGCACUACUUUAUUUUUAUUCAGAGGCUGCUCUACCAGAUCAGGAAUAGUGUAUUUAAUAUUGCAUUGUCAUUAUCUAUGAAAUUGAACUUGAAGACUACUCAUGUACACCUCUGAGUUUUUCAGCACACAUUCCAGAACAACUGCUAGGCUGUUCAUCUGCCAGGGCAGCUUUAUCUUGCCAGCUCUAGCAUUGUCUGAUUCUGAACCUCUCACUGUAUUUACUACUAUGGUAUUAAAUAAACUGAAUAUAAGAUGGAUGUAUUUAUGCUUUUCUUUUCUUUUCCUUUACUUUGUUAUAAAGCUAUAAAGCCAUCUUUUUUAUUUUUCUUUUAAUCAUUACUUUUUUAGUACUGUGAAAUGUUGUAUAGAUCUGGAAUUUGAAUUAUAGAGGUAAAUUUGGAAAUCAAACAUUUGCACAGAAAAGCUUCUGGCUACAGCUCCUGUACACAGUGAAGAAGACUUUGUGUACCUUUAUAUAGUGAACAGUAGAGAACAAAAGGUAACUUUUUUUUUUUUUUUAAUCUUUAUCCUUUUAAAAAUACUGAAGACAACCACAGAGAAAAUAAUUGGUUUUGAUUUGCUGGUAUUAAUUGGAAUGUGAUCUUACAGAUAGAUGCAAUCUGCAGCAUGCCUCACUGGUUUUCUUCCCUUAUUAUCCAGAUGGGAUAUGUAUUGGAAUGCACAGUAGCUGUCUCCUGGCCCACAGGCCAGGUUGUACUCAACUGAAAACCACCCGAAACAGCUACAGGGUGCACUUAGGAUUAAGAAUACCAAAACCUGCUAUAGACAUAAUUUGAUGUUCUUAAGAUUUGGAUUUCAGUUGUCUUUAAUCUCUGGUAAGUGCAGAUGUGACGGCAGAAUUUGGGAAGGAAUUCAGUUUCAAAGCAGUAAAGCACACACAUUCUUCUGUAACUGUAUUAAAAAACUGAUUUACAUGAUGCUAAGUGUUUUUGUAGUUAAUUUGUUAGUGUCUCAGCCACAUUUGAAAUGGUAAACAACAACCCAGCUUGCAUAGGAAGUGCAUGAUGUAUUUUGAUGUUUGGUGCUCACUCCUUUUAGUGGUAUCACCUGCAGCAUUUUGAACUCAUUGAGAAGAGUGGAAAUGGAGCUAUUCAAACUACAGGAGUUAAAGUUUAUUUUUGCCAUACUUGGAAGUUGUUCUUGUUCAGAUGAACUUUCAAAGUUUGAGUAAAAUUUUGCCUGAGAAAGGAACUCAGAAUUGACGUUCUCUCUCACUGUCUUCAACUUUUUUCUUUCUUUUUUAAACUUCAGAAACUGACAUAAAAGCAAAGGUUCUACUCAAGUAUGAAGGUAAUAGCCCCUGGCUUCCAAAUGCUGUCUUUCAGAAAGCUUUCAGGUGCUUUUUGAAGCUCUUUCUCACUACAGUUUUGGAAAAAAACAAUCAAGGCAAACACAACCUCAGUUUAUUUUCCUGCUGUCAUGUCUGCAUUAAACUCUUUCUUUCUGUAAAUCUCGCUAUAGUCACAUUCACAACAGGACAGAGGGCAAAAUUUCACAGAACCUUCAGGCCUGUUGUUGAUGGAAGAAAGAAUAAAGUAAUUGGGUACAACAGAGCAACCAAACAUACUGUUUCCUUCUGAAAAAUACAUUUAAAUCAGGAAUAACCAUAAAAGAGGUAGAUCAGAAGUUUUGCAACUGUGCUAUAUUCUGAAAACAACAGCAGCUACCACAGGCUUCCUAGCCCAGUGCAAGCAGCUGACAUCUGAAGCAAUUAUGAAUGGUAAACAUUGGAGCUCAAAACCCUUGUGAGUCAUGUGGGGACAACUUCAUUUCUUUCCUUUGUCUGGCUGCCCUGUUCAGAGGAUGAUGCAGCAGAAGAUUGCAGUGUUCUGUCAGGUGGCAGAGAGAGGGAUGGCUGCUGUGCUGUCAGCCUGAGCAGGUAAGCGGCUCUUACUGACAGAUUCAGAUCACUUGGUGUUUUUAGAGGAUGCAUUGCAAAGAAUUAUGAAGAAGGUACUAUGAACACCUCUUACAGCAAAACUAAAAUGCAGUAAGUAGCCAAGAAUACCAUUAUUUUCAAUCACUGUGCCUGUUGGAGCAAAUGCAUUAGGUUAAUGAAGUUUUCAUACAGGUCUGCUUUGCUCAUGGAGGCAGAGGAACAAACUCCACCUCUGAUUAAUGUGCUUGAAAGAAAACCUUGCCUAUCUACUCUGAAGUAAGAAAUUGAAAAAAGAGACUGCCAGCUUAGAAUAGUCUAGAGCAAUACUGAUUUAUUCUCUAGGAUAAAUUAGCUCUCUCUCUAUGAAAAAAAUGAAGCUCCUUACUUCUUAAACUAGUUCACAGGAAAACUAGGCUCCCUUAUGAAAAACUGGCCUUAGCCUUCACCUGACCACACAAAAUAAAAACAAGGAGCAGAUAAAUUUUGACGUGCUCUUCAGACAGUUUGAAAAGCGCAUUAUUUUAUUUUGUUUAUAUGCCUAAAUGUGGAUCUGGGAAUCUGUCAAAUUCUAUAAUUUCUGUUGUUUUAAGACUUGGGUUUUGUUUCUCUAUAAAGAUGCAGUGUUGUGAACGGCUGUAUUCUCUAUGCACCAGGAUAUUACAGGACAGGGCAGCUAUUCUGGAUAGGAAACUGUUUUUAAAUAGGCGUUACUCUCUCUAAGACACAGACUGUAAGUUUCUGUCUUCUUUUAAUUGCUCUAUGAAGUAAACUGUGUCCCUCUGGUUACGUAAUACCCACGUUUAGCCUUGCAUUUUUUGACAAGACUGCUGAGCCAUUUACAGCUAAAAUCAUUUUUUAAGUCUGGCUAGGAGUUCAGUUAUGCAUUUAAUCCCUGCUGGACUCUGUAAAGCGUCCAGAGCUUAUCCAGUGAAGGACUCUAAUAGUACAGAGAAAUAUGUACUACAAAGGGGACAAGUGGAGAAUGGAAUUACGAUCAUGGGACUUGUAUCAAACGAUCGAAGCAGGUCUGUCCCUUCCUCCACUCCUAUGUUCAUAUUCAACAGCAAAAUGAUAUCGUAUCUAUGUGUUUUCUACUUGAUACAAAUACAUCAGGAGACAU